AUGGCUCAACGAUCGAGUGCCACCGCUGGCUUACUACUGCGGCAAUUCAAAGAGCUCCAAAGAGCCAAAUACCUAACAGGGAUCUCCUGCGGACUUGUCGACGACAACGCAUUCGAGUGGGAGGUGAUGCUCAUGAUCAGCGACGACUGCAAAUAUUACGGCGGAGGCAAUUUCCGCUGUCACCUCAUCUUCCCCCCAACAUACCCUCUCAUGCCACCAACCCUCGCGUUCAAAACCCCCAUCCCUUUUCACCCGAACAUCUACCCCGACGGCCGGCUCUGCAUCUCGAUUCUUCAUCCUCCGGGGGAUGACCAAUACGGUUACGAGAGCGCGAGCGAGAGAUGGAGCCCGGUUCAGACUCCCGAGACGAUAUUGCUGAGCACGAUUAGUUUGCUGCAUAGCCCGAAUGAUGAGAGUCCGGCGAAUAUAGAAGCUGCAAAGUUGUGGAGGGAGGAGAAGAACAAUGGGGACAAGGAGUUUAGAAAACGGUGUCGGAAGGUAGUGAGGGAAAGUCUGGGGGAAGAUUAG